CGGUGCUCGUCAGUCGCAGGACCGGAGCGAUGCUCGUCGUGUGACCACGGACCUGCACCCUCAGACCGGACCCCCUCUGGAACCAGGUCCGGUGACUCAAACCAGUGACUCAAACCAGUGGAGAGCCAUGGUGACCAAGAAGAUCCGGACGGAGUACAUGAAGAAGUUCAAGGACCCCCGCUGGGAGACGUUCUCCAAAUGCUACGAGGACGCCCUGAAGUACCGGCUGACCCGGCGGGUGAUGGAGCAUUCCCACAAGCCCUGGUUCUGGGAGGGCUGGGAAGGCGGCUCCGAGUCCAGCGGCCGGUCCACACCCCGGCUGACCAGGAACAAAGUGUCCCCCCUGUCCCCCCUGUCCCUGCCGCCAGCGCCGGCGUCCUCGGACCUGAAGCAGAGGCUGAGCGAGCUGAAGACGGGACCGGGCCCGGAGCCCCCCCACCAGGAGGCGGGAGCUGGGGGGGCCGGAGACGCUGCUCCCAGCACGGCGGCGCUGGUAGAAAACGACGUGAAUGAAGCCGGCGGCGGUUCAGUGAAGCCGGUUCUGAAGACCAGCCCCCCCUCAGAGGACACCGGGACAGACGCCGGCCCGGCGGACACGGCCUCUUCUGACGGGGAGCCGGUGAACCCGCCACCGAAACGCCGGCACCGCAGACACGCCCCCCACACGGACCCGGGACGCCAGGACAGCUCCAGUGACGACAAACAGGCCGAGGUCCGAAAAGCACCGAGAGCAAAGAGCCAGCCUCCGGUCAGCACCAAGGAGAACCGGAGAGCGUCCAGCCGCCUGGACCGGGCCGAGGAGAACCGGAGAGCGUCCAGCCGCCUGGACCGGGCCGAGGAGAACCAGAGAGCGUCCAGCCUCCUGGACCGGACCGAGGAGAACCGGAGAGCGUCCAGCCGCCUGGACCGGGCCGAGACCCGGCCGGAGGUCAGGACCACGGCCAAUGACAGUCAGAGCCGCCGGGAGUCGGACAAGCGGAGCAGCAACGUGGAGCGGCGGCGGGCGCGCUCGGCCGACCUGGACAAGGUGAGGCGGGCGCAGCUCACCGUGGUGGACGACCGCUGGAUGACGGAGUACAUGAGCUGCUUCUCUGCCCGGCGGAGGUAGAGCCAGGCUCCGCCCCCUGGCAGAGCGCCACCACCGGACACACAGACCCGUGUGUGAGUGUGUGUUACUGCCUGUCGCACUAAAACGCUGCUUUUCAUAACAACACACACAUAAAGUCAAGACGUAAUGUAGAAUUCAGCGUUUCAGAGGAACCUCCUUUACCCAGAAGCCUUAGCAGCGGCUCCCUCAGAGCAGGUUGUGGGUUUGAAUCCCGGGACAUGAUCCCUCGUCUUCGCUCUCGACCUCAUCUCCUCCAGCGUGAGGAGGUCACGACUUCAGGAGCGUGAAGAUGAAUCGCUGCUGUCGAGGAAAAAGAAAAACCUGUUUCUCUCAUGAGAUAGAAAAUCAUUGCUUAUUUAUUUUUAACUCCUAAUAACACACAGGACGUUCUUUCAUAUCAAUCUGCUGACAAAUCUUUAUCAGAUCUUCUUUCAGUGUCGGCCUCUCGUAAACUGUGUAUUUUACGUUCUGAGCGUGAGACACUGAACUUCACUCCCACUCAGUGUUUUUCAUUUCUCUGUGGCAGCUCUGUGUUUAAAAACAACCUGAAUAUUUUUGAUAUCUUGAAUAUUUUGGAAGUGAGACGUUUACAUAAAGGAGAAGAAACUUUCCGCUGGAUGGUUGAACAGACAACUAGAAACAAAGUCUCUCCAGCGAAAUGAGUAUUUGAGGUAUUUUCAGAGUAAAACUUAUAUUUAAGACGUGUUCGCUUUGUACUCGUCUCAGCUGAUCAAUGACAUGCACGUCGUUAGGAUCAGUGGACUGUUGAUGACCCUGCGAUGCUAACGUGGUGCUUCUCUCUUCACAGCAGCGCCAAACACAUUUUAUUUAUUAUGCAAAAUUGAAUGUUAUUGAAUUUAAAAGCUGAAUUUAUCUUGUUUAAGACAAAUUCAGAAAUGUGUUUUCAGGGUUUUCUGCAGAAUCCAACGUAGAGGAGAAAGAUGAGUAGAAGUUUGUUUCAGUAUCAGACGCUCGUGGUUCAUCUUCCUCUCCUGUCGUCUUCUGACAGAACGUUCUGAUUGGUCGGGAUCAACUUGAUUCUUCACCUCAGCAAUUUAUCUAUUAAAAAUAAAACUCUAAUGUUUGUGUAGAAACAUGAGGAUCUGAAAUAAGUUUUCUGAAAAGAGCCACAUGUGAUUAAUUUGCAACAGAUGAGGUAAAAACAUUGACAUUGUUCAAGUGGCACAUUUAAAAUUAAUUAAUUUGUUUGAUUUCUAUUUAAAAAAAAUCUCUUUUGUCCAAAGAUAAUCUGUUUACUUUGUGUUUCAAGGAAAAUAAAUCAAAUUCUCCGAUUUGAGACGUUAAAUACUGCAAAUAUUUUACGUUACCUACAGAUACUUAAAGAAUCUACAGAUACUUUCAGUAGCUCGAAAAGAUUAAAGACUGAAGAUCAAAUAUUUAAAAACUCAUUUGAAACAGAUAGUGAAUGAAUAUUCUAUUGGUUGUAGUUCUUAAUAGAAAAUAGAAUGUAUCGUGAAUUCUGCGAUGUUUACGUCUUCACGCUGUUAAACCCGAUAAUGGAGGAAAAAGCGUGAAAGUAUAAACGUUAAUAGAUUUUAUCACCGUGUCACCUCCUUGUAUUUUCAGCAGCCGUGACGUUGAGUUUUUAAACUUAAAUCCAAAUCGACUGCGAAUGAAAAGUGAAAAGUUUGUUUGUUUUGUGUCGUAGUGAAAAAACGAGUUUUCAGUUUGUCGGUGUAGCUGAGAGUCGUAAACACGUGGUGACUCAAACCGAGGGCUGGUGACAACUUCCUGUUUUUAACACGUACGUUUGUUAUGAGCUCACUUUUCAGAUGAAUGGAUAUAAAGUCACUGAAUGUUUAAUUUGAACUCGAGCUGCCGAAACCUCUUCACGCUGGAAAAUGUUGAGACCACAGACGUUGAAUAAAGAAGGACGAUAAGUCUCCACCUUGUCCCACUCAGCCAAUCAGGAGCCUGAUACCAUAACCAACUAACUUAUCAGAACCUGGCGGAUCGGAAACACUCAAACAAACGUCGGUGAGAUAAGAACGACCUGAGUUGACAUUUAUUUAACUUCCACUUUGAUUUAUUAUUUAAAGUUUGGUCCGUGUCCCAUCUGCUGACCUGGAGGAGGCCGGGUCUACGGGCUAUAAAGCAGCCCACCACCAGGGGGCGACUAAGAUGAUUUGGCUUCACUUUGGAGGAGCAGUCAUGUCGUCCAUCUUUAUUUACCGUCUGUAGCUGAAGUCCGACAUGCUGAGAAAGUUCCAUGCCCCCCCCCCCCCCCCCCCCCCGGUUUAUUGAACACGAGUAUUAUUGGAUGUUUGGUUGAGUUGAAGUCUGAUGCUCGAGUGUAAGACGUCUUGAAAUGGGACGACCUCGCCCCCCCGCUGUGAAGCCUUGCGACACAACUCGGUUAAUCUUAUCACUUUUAAGGUUUUAUUUAAAGUUUUAUUUAUUUAUUUUUAAAGUUUCUAUUUGAAGAAACCGUUUGUCGGGUGGAAACGAGCUGUUGCUGCAGAUUUAAUUCUGUUCUCAUGUGUUUGCAGAUUCGUGGAGUUGUGUUGUAAAGUGAAAACAAUCAGACAAUCACAGGAAACUGUUUGAAGUGUUGUUGAAAAGUAAAAUCUAAUCAAAGACUAAAAAGAAGCUGUUGUGUAUGAAGUGUUUGUGUUGGACAGUGUUCGCUCGAUGUUUCUCGACUAAACCUAAAUAUAUUUAAUAUUUUACAAUGUUUACAUUUUGUCACUGUAUUUGUAUUUGAAAACAUGCACAAUAAUAUAUUUUCCUUCACUUUAAGACGUUGCUGUGGAGAAA